AUGACAGCGCUUUUAAUAAGCACUGUUAAUGUUGCCUCAUUUAGCAGCAUUAAAUAUAUAAGCGCUGUAGAUGCUCAAUGCAAGGAAUGGGGCAUUGAUGAAGGAGAGCAUGUAGGACACUUAAGGUCAGUGUUGGCUACAUUAAGGGAAAAUGAGUUGAAUGUUAAGUUCUCCAAGUGCGAGUUUUGGUUGGAGAAAUUCUCAUUCUUAGGACAUUUCGUGUCUAAGAAAGGAGUUGAAGUAGAUCCAUCAAAUAACAAGGGAGUUAGUGAAUGGCCUACACCCAAGAGUGGGACGGACAUUCGAAGUGUCUUAUGCUUAGCAGGCUAUUAUAGAAGGUUUGUAAACGAUUUCUCGAGGAUUGCUAAGCCUAUAACUUCAUUUAUGAAGAAAGAGUCUAAGUUCAUCCAGAGUGAUAAGUGUGAGGAGGCAUUUCAGAUUCAGAAAACCAGUUUAACUUCUACGCCAGUGUUAACCUUACCAGAUGAGAGAGAUUGUUAUGACGUGUUUAGUGAUGCUUCUAAUGAUGGAUUCAGUUGUGUUUUGAUGCAAACCGGUAGGUGA